ACAGCCAGCACCAAGUAAGCCGAUGCCAAGUGAUAGAAUGUCGCCACCUCACGUGUGCACGACAGGUACUGUACAUCCCCCCUAAGCAGAAACACGCACCACCCCCCCGGCCCACUGCCGAGAAAGCACCAAGGUAAGACUCACCCACCACCACCACCUCCCAACAAACUCCAAACCAAUCUCUUUACCAUCACCACCACCACCACCACCACCACCGCCUCACCGGCAAACGACCCGACUCGAUCACCGUCCCGAUACACCUUGACCACACCCCGAAUCAAAAUCCAAACCCUCACCUCACCUCCGUCUCUGUAUCGGCGCAGGCGUCCGGCCGCACACAGCGGGGUCUCUAUCGAUCGCCGAUAUCCGCCGCUGCGGGGCAGACGACAACGACACGGCUGUGCCAGGCACCCACCUCAUCAACGACGCUCUAUCGACGACGAAGUCGUCGAUAGAUUAAACGGCUUGAUCAACCUCUCACGGUCGCCUUCUGCUCAUACCCCAAAUACCCCAUGAUGGCCACCACCACCACCCCCUCCACCCCCAGCCACUCACGGCCCGCAUCUCCCGACUCCGCCAUGGACGACUCCGUCUCCAGCCAAACGCUAGCGAACUACCAGUUCCCCACGCACAGGUACAAGAGGCAGCAGACGCAGGCAAAUCGGAUUCCCCUCGUCUUCGUGGCCUGCGGCUCCUUCAGCCCAAUCACAUAUCUUCACCUGAGGAUGUUCGAGAUGGCCGCCGAUUUCGCAAAGUUUAAUACGGAGUUUGAGGUUCUGGGCGGGUUUUUGAGUCCUGUUAGUGAUGCUUAUAAGAAGGCUGGUUUGACGAGCGCGAGACAUCGCCUACGCAUGUGCGAGCUCGCCGUACAACAAACCUCCAACUGGCUCAUGGUUGACCCCUGGGAAGCCCUACAAGAGAAAUACACCCCCACCGCCCUCGUCCUGGACCACUUCGAGCACGAGAUCAACGUCGUUCAAGGCGGCGUGCUAGACGUAGACGGAAACCCGCGCCCCGUCCGCAUCGCCCUCCUCGCCGGCGCCGACCUCAUCCAAACCAUGUCCACGCCCCUCGUCUGGUCGGCUAAGGACCUAGAACACAUCCUAGGACGGUACGGGACGUUCAUCGUGGAGCGGACAGGUACCGAUAUCGAUGAUGCGUUGUCGAGUUUGCAGGCGUGGAAGGAGAAGAUCUGGGUUAUCCCGCAGCUGAUCUUGAAUGAUGUUAGUAGUACUAAGAUCCGCCUGUUUCUGCGGAGGGAGAUGAGUGUGAGGUAUCUUAUUCCGGCGCAGGUUAUUCGGUAUAUUGAGGAAAAUGGGUUGUAUGAGGAGGAGGGCGCGGAGGGGAAGGGGAAGGGGAAAACGACGGGGGGGGAGACGGCGGGGGAGGUGGGCGCGAAAAGCUAG